UAUCAGCCCUUUGUCUGUAGUGUCAUUUGUGAAGGUCUUCUCCCAGUCCAUGGAUUGGAGAGGUACACUUUUGAAGCAAACUAAAAAAAAAAAAAAAAAAUUGCCUCUUGUAUUUGUUCACACAAAUAGUCAAAAGAAGCCUCAAGAUUCAUUCCAUGGCUUCACCCAGCAACUACUCCACUGCUCCAGUCUCUGAAUUCCUCCUCAUCUGCUUCCCUAACUACCAGAGUUGGCAGCACUGGCUGUCCCUGCCCCUCAGCCUCCUCUUCCUCCUGGCCAUGGGGGCCAACGCCACCCUGCUGAUCACCAUCUGGCUGGAGGCCUCUCUUCAUGAGCCCAUGUACUACCUGCUCAGCCUCCUCUCCCUGCUGGAUAUUGUGCUCUGCCUGACAGUCAUCCCCAAGGUCCUGGCCAUCUUCUGGUUUGAUCUCAGGUCCAUUAGCUUCUCAGCCUGCUUUCUCCAGAUGUUCAUUAUGAACAGUUUCCUCCCCAUGGAGUCCUGCACAUUCAUGAUCAUGGCCUAUGACCGCUAUGUGGCCAUCUGUCACCCACUGCGAUACCGAUCCAUCAUCACUGACCAAUUUGUGGCCAAGGCUAGUGUCUUCAUUUUCACUCGAAAUGCCCUUCUCACUGCACCUAUUCCUAUUCUCACUGCCCGGCUCCAUUACUGUGGGAAAAACGUCAUUGAGAACUGCAUCUGUGCCAACUUGUCUGUGUCCAGGCUCUCCUGUGACAAUUUCACCCUUAACAGAAUCUAUCAGUUUGUGGCUGGUUGGACUUUACUGGGUUCAGAUUUCAUCCUCAUCUUCCUCUCCUACACCUUUAUUCUAAGAGCUGUGCUUAGGUUCAAGGCUGAAGGGGCUGCUGUCAAAGCCCUGAGCACAUGUGGCUCUCACUUCAUCCUCAUCCUGUUCUUCAGCACCAUCCUGCUGGUUGUUGUGUUGACAAAUGUGGCCAGAAAGAGGGUCCCCAUGGACAUCCUCAUCCUACUCAAUGUCCUUCAUCACCUCAUACCUCCUGCCUUGAACCCUAUUGUAUAUGGGGUUCAGACCAAAGAGAUAAAACAAGGAAUUAAGAAAUUGCUGUGGCGUGGGUAG